AUGGAGACCCUAAGACCUACGCGGUCUGGGCUACCAGAGUCCCUUACUGCUGGCAAUCUGCCGUCGCUUUUGGCGCCACUUGCCUUCCGUCAAGAGCUGAGCAGCAACACCUGGGCCUCUUCGACCGCAGACAUGGCUCUGCUCUCUGACAACGACGAGAUCAGCGAUCGCGAUGCACUUAUUGAGGAUUACAACCGACUAUCCAAGAAGUAUGGUGUCCGUCUCAUGGUGCCAGAUGACUACAAUUCUGGCCCUUGCACUAUUCCACAGUCUGGAAAAAAGAAAUGGUACUCUCGAAGGCGCGGGUCCUCAACCCGUUUGCCCAGCGCGAAGUCAGACAAGUCAAUUACUCACAGACCGAGCUUAGGGGACCUGCCCUCUCGCCAUGAGGCGGUCAAGCAGGAUUCUGGCACAGACAAGAGCUUGCAAGGACUCGUGAGAUUGACCGGUAAAUGCUUCCUGCAUCUGCCGGCAGAAUACGCCCCGGGCUCACUUAUUAUUCCAACAUGUCUACGGGCAACAUCUCAAUAUCUGGUGCAGCAUGGCUCUACAGCACGCGGUAUUUUUCGGGUCCCCGGAUCUGUCCGCGCCGUGGCUGCGCUAUAUGACUAUUACUUUGCAAACACUGAGCCAGGGGGAGGUACGAUCUCAGGUACCGUUCGCACACCCAGCUUGCCGAUACAUAUUGAAUAUGGUGUACAUGAUGUUGCAUCAACCUUCAAGAAACUGCUCGGUGGCCUUCCCGGGGGAAUACUUGGCUCGCUCUCAGUGUUUGACGCCCUCGUAGCCAUCCAUAGCCACUUCAACGGUGAUCCUGAAUCCAACAGGACCAGGCAGACUAAGCUGCGGGCACGACUGAUUGCCCUUGCUAUCGGAACUCUCAAGUCGCAGUUCCAAAGGGAACUGGUCUGCGCCGUCUUUGGGCUAUUGUGCCUGAUUGGUCGCACUUCUGAGAUGUCCCCACGUGAGGAUGCACAGGGUCGGCCGUUGCCAACCUCGGACCUGAUGGGAUACAAUGCACUUGGAAUAGUAUUCGGCCCACUGCUCGUCGGUGAUCUCAUUGAUCAAUACUCUAUGCAAGUAGCAGAACCUGGCGCAGGGUUAAUCCUACUCCCGGCCACCCCAACCAUGCGCAAAGAUAAGGCAAAACGAAGAGCAGUUUCUGAAGGAAGGCCUGUUACCCCAGUCACGAUUGACAAGAUUAUAGUGGCCAACUCGAUUGCUGAGAUGCUAAUCGCCAACUGGCGAGAGGUCGUGAGACACAUGAAGAGCUUAGGUGUGAUCCACAAAGUCGUUGCUGGCCAGUUGCAAGGAGAGUCCUCACAGAAGUCUUUGAAGACGUCUAUAUCAGAACCUUCUCUUUCCGAAAAAGCGAGCCAUACCUUGGAGGGUGAAGUAUCUUCUAUAGCCAGGGCUCCUCGGGUGCGCAAGAAUAACAGCUCUGUCUUGACGGGGAUAAAAACAACAACAGGACGUAGUGAUCAAGAAGAGACGACCGCGAAAAGCCUUACCGUUAAGAAGCGUCGUCAAAGUUCGAAGCCGCGUACAGUUGUUUUCGCCAAUUCACCUGUGCUAACCAGCGCGCAACUGGAAUUGCCUUCCUCAAGUACCAAAAAAGAACUGGCCAAAAGGAGACCACAUGACAUCGUUUUGGUGCAGGACGAAGGCCUUUCACUACGAGGCAGUGAUGACAGUGGCAUAGCUGUACCGACCCCCGCCUCGACUCGGGCAUCGGCUCGGAUGUCAACAGCAUCAGUCACCUUCAUGACCCCAAACUCAGAAGACCGCAAGAUGAGCCGCAGAGCUUCAAGUGCGCAGCCAAGCGCCUCUCCAUUUGGCAGCCCUGAUGGUUCAAACAUGGAAACACCCGCACAACCUUCAGAUAUGGCGAAGGGUGCUACUCCAACGACAAGCGGGAUAUUGUCCAAGGCUUCCCGUGCUAUAGCCAAGUUUACCACUGCGCAUCGAGGAAGCCGCGUUGCGAGUCCUCUCUUUUCUGAGAUUUUGACACCCAGAAAAAGCUCUGACAGCGGCGUGCGCAGGAGUCGGUCAGCGCGUAGCGAAAGCUCUGGCUAUCAAAGCAAGCACGAGGGACGUCCUUCAUAUGGCGCCGCGGAUGAACAAAAAUUGACAAUCAACAUUACUCCUGCACCAGAUCAAAGUAUAAAAUCGUUCAAAACUCGAGUUGUGACUGAGGCCGGUCUUCUGAAGAAUGGAGCCGCCACCCAGAUGAACGGGGCAGGUGACGAUCAAAGAACUGGAGAUGCCGAGCGUACUUUUGAUAUAACCGGGAGCGCAAGGCUUGUGCCUCGAGCUCAGGUGGACGAAGUGAUCAGCCCUGCCAUGGUCGGCCGAAGUAAUGCUAUCAGACAGAACCGACGUUCCAUAGGGCAAAACUCAAAGCUUGCUAGCGGUGAUGAGAUUUUAGCCCACGAAGUCAUCAUACCGGAUAGUGGCUCAAGGAAACCAAAGGCUGCUGAUAAUUUUCAUAUGAGACAUGAGGAUGUCAAUGCGUUACGAGAUCGCGGCUCACCGACACCGUGUCACGAAGAUAUGAAGAGGCGGGUUAGCAGAAGCAAAUCCAAGCCACUUGCUGAUGACCAAGAAAAUUUGACCCAGCACAGGCCGGUCGGGGUCCUCGUCAAUUCACAGAAGAUAAAUGGCACCGGAAACUCGAGGGCUUCUAGUCUUGGCCGAGCCGUCGAUAUGACAGGAAGGUUUGCAGAUGAAUUCGAUGGCGCAAGACAUCUUUACCCACAUAGCAUCGCUCGCACCGAGUCCAUAAGCAGCAAACCCUCAAUUCAGGAUCACUCAAAGCAAGGUGUGCUAAAUGGAUCAACGGCCAUUCCACCAUCUCCCUCAUCAGCACCACACUAUGCGUCCAUACCUGGCACUGGGAUGCGGCGCAAGUACGUCUCCGUUAGUGGCGGCAACGUUCGGGCCAUGGCCGCCAUAUUCGAAAAUGCUGCCAAAGACGCCAAAACAUCUUCGGAUCGACAGGAUACUGCACCGGCGACUGAGUCCAACUCCCAAGUGGUGCAUGUCGCAGGUUCGGGAAACGUACUGCCACAGUACGUCAGAAACUCGACGCCUACAACCUCUCUGCGAACAACAAAAUCUUGGAUAUCUGAUGAUUUGCCUUUCACAAACAAGAGAUCGCCAUUUGUCUCGUUCGGAGCCUCUGUCGGGUAUGAGGCCGACGUGGGGGAUGAUACCAUCGAUACAGGGCUGCCUGACAAUGGCGUGCUUUUUCCAAAAGGCGAUGGUACGACCGAGAUGAUAACGGCCUCUCAGCCACCAGCGAAUGUUCCUGUCAGGCACCCGUCGAGAAACAAGAGCGAAUAUCCAAGCAGUAAAGCCCCAAGGGCAUUCAGGUUGUCUGACGGAUCCACUAAUAACGGACGCUCAUUUACCUCGCCCCUUAGCAAAAGCAGCGAGGGCUCAGCACGCAUUGACGCACUCCAAGCAGACAUAUAUGGCCUACAAGAGCAACUAGCCGCCAAGGCAAGUGAAUGCGAGCAUGUGCGCUCGGAGCUCUUGGAAGCCCAGAGCGCAGUCGCGUCUGCUACCACAACUGCCAGGGCAAUGGACACGUUGACAGCGCAGCUGAGACAAGCAUUUGAGGAUGCUAAGCACUGGCGCAAUGAGGCAGGGACAUGGAGAGCCCGUGCCGAAGCGACAGAGCGACGUCUUGUUCUGAUACGUGGGCAGGUGGCAGACAGUGCCGAAGGCGACACUAGUCCGUUAGUGCCGACCUCGACGGCCAUGAUGCCGAUCAGUAGGAACCGGAUGCAUCAAGGACUGCAAAAGAAGAGAGUAGCCGGGCCGUUGCGCGAGAAUUAUGAGUAUCCGGAGCAACGGCGGGUCAAUAGUAGAGGCGGUUAUGGCGAUAUAGUUGGCCAAGGCAGCGAGUGCGACUGGCAACUUGACGAUCGUUGGCAGCGCGAAGACUGGCGUGUCGGGUUGGAUGACCCGACAUUGACGAGAAGCGGCAAGGCGAUGCCCAGCAAGGAACAGAGUGGAGACAACAACCGAGAGUGUGGCGAAACGCAGGGAAUUCGUUUAGUCGGAGCUGUCGUGGAUGACAGGAGAUGA